UUAUGAAAUUAAUACUACUAUAGCAACGGAAUCAACAAUUAUCAAAUGUUAAAGGAAUAUUAGAAACUUGAUUAUUUAAUUUAUUGUCAUUGUUGCAUCCCUAAAAUGGAUUUGGAGAAUAAAGAAGUUCAAGCUGAUUUACCGAUAAUUGACUCUGAAGAAACGAAACUAAAAAUAAGACCUGCGGAAAGAGUUAGACUUCAUCCGAAAGUACCUAUAGAACCAUCUUCUUAUGGUAAAGGUAAAUCAUAUAGCCGACCUUGGAUUCUUCAGGAUGGGCGUGAGGUACCGGAGAAAGGAAGUGUAAUGCGCGAUAGUUUUAAAGUACCUAGGAAAUCUAAUGUGGGACAAGGUAUACGGAAGCGAAUGUUGACCAAUUUCUUUUGGGAACAAAUAUUAGACGAGGUGAUCGAAGAGAUGUCGAAAGUCCACACUUCUGACGAACUUUGUACCGAGUACGAUUCGCAUUAUGUGAAAGAUCAAUUCGAACCUCGUAACUUAGAAGUGACUGCUGAUAAGACGAUGCAUCUGAAAUAUCCAUUAUACGGAACUGGAUCUAGCGCGAUUACAUUUUACAGCGAGACCAUGAAAAAGAUUGGACCUGGCGAAAUUUUAGAAAAAUUCAGAAGAUGUCAAUACUUUACGAGACCUAUGGAAGAAAGAUUGGACGAUGGUUGGGUUUUGUAAAACCCACAAUAUAAUGCCAAUUGCAAUCUGGUUAAACUAUUUGUAACCGUUACAUUCAAAUUUGUUAUUUUUAGUUUUUGUCUUAUUUACGACAUAAUAAAACCCUUUUUAACCCUGCA